AUGGCCGACCCGAAGGAUUCCGCCAGCAAGGCGGCAAUACCAAUAGAGCUCCUCAAAGUCGAGGCCGCGUUCUUGAAGCGUGCGGUUACCUCCUCGUCCGACAAGAGGUCAAAGGGACAAGGCGCCCCGAGCUAUAAGCGCGAUGUUAUGUAUGCAGCAAUGAGAGAGCUCCUUGGCGGAUUGAGCACGCAGCAGGCACAAGCUCUUGUUCCGACGACGGAUAAAGUGUACGAAAGGGUGGCCAAAUGGAAGCAUCAGAAGGUCAAGAGCGUAAGCUUGGGCGCAGGUGCACAGGGACACUGGAUUGGGCCUGAACAGGCCAACCAUGUCAUGCUGUACUUCCAUGGCGGUGGAUUCUACGGCGCAGCAACGAUGGGACAUCUGAGAUAUCAGUUCACACUGCAACGCGACAUGGCGAAGCGCGGCCAGGACUUCGCGAUUUUCUCCCUGACCUACACGCUUUCCCCGGGCGCCACAUACCCAACACAGCUCAAGCAGGCCGCGUUGGCGCUAAAUUACCUCCUGGUUGACGAGCACCGCGAUCCGGCGUCGAUACUUCUCGGUGGGGACUCGGCUGGCGGGAACCUGGCUGCCGCGUUGCUUGAGCAUAUCGCCCGCCCACACCCUCAAGUUCCGGCGGUGACGCUUUCGCGGCCCUUGCACGCCGCCCUCCUGAUCUCGCCGUGGAUAUCAUUUCAACUCACCGAGCCGUCCGUCUCUAGUAACGCUGAAUCCGACUACCUCACGCCAAGAGCGCUGAGGCGGGCGUCCAAUGCGUAUAUACCACCGGGAGGCGAACACGAUGAUUACUCGCAGCCCGCCACUGCUCCGGUUGAGUGGUGGGCGGACAUCGCUCGCAGCGUGGUAGACAAGAUGAUGAUAUGGGGAGGAGGCGGCGAGGUCCUCAUUGAUGGGAUUCGAACUUUUGCCGCCACGGUCAAGAAUGGGUUUUCGGAGGCCGAUGUGGAGAGGGUCAAUCGCGACGAGCAGAAAGGGACUGACAGGUUUACCUUCGUUGUCACGCCGAAGCACUCGCACGAGGAGAUGAUUAUUGAUGAGGUCUUCUUCAGGAGCAAGAAAGGCGAAGGGGCCGAGGUAAUUGAAAGGUGGUUAUCUGGAGUUUUGAAGUUGUUGUGA